UGCGCAUCCUGAGGAGGAGGGAAGAUGGCGACCUCAAAUAAUCCACGGAAAUUCAGUGAGAAAAUUGCACUGCACAACCAGAAACAGGCAGAAGAGACCGCAGCCUUCGAGGAGGUGAUGAAGGAUCUGAGCAUCACCCGAGCUGCACGGUUACAGCUACAGAAGACCCAAUAUUUGCAGUUGGGACAGAACCGCGGGCAGUACUAUGGAGGGUCUCUGCCAAACGUCAAUCAGAUUGGGAACAGUGGUAUUGACCUGCCUUUUCAGACUCCCUUUCCAUCUUCUGGAUUAGAUACAAGUAGGACAACUCGACAUCAUGGUCUAGUGGACAGAGUAUAUCGAGAUCGCAAUCGCCUUGGAUCCCCACAUAGGAGGCCUUUGUCAAUAGAUAAACACGGACGUCAAGUAGACAGCUGCCCCUAUGGAACUGUGUAUUUAUCGCCUCCCCCUGAUACCAGCUGGAGACGAACGAAUUCAGAUUCUGCGUUGCAUCAAAGUGCAAUGAACCCCAGUCAACAAGAAGCCUUCAGUGGAAGCUCUCAGAAUAUUCAACAGAAGAGAGUGUUGCUUCUGACUGUGCCAGGAAUGGAAGAUAAUUCUUCAGAAACUGAUAAACCUCUUAACAAACAAGGAUGGGACACAAAAAAGAUUGGAUCCUCGAGACCUAAAUCAUGUGAAGUUCCUGGAAUAAACAUUUACCCUUCAAAUGAACAGGAGAACACUACCAGCCUCAUCCCCGCUGCACAUAACACUGGAGGUUCACUGCCAGACCUGACAAACAUCCAUUUCCCUUCUCCAUUACCAAUUCCGUUAGAUCCCGAGGAGUCUACAUUCCCGACUCUGACAAAUUCUAACAGCACUGGCAAUCUUGCAACAAAUCUAACUCACCUGGGUAUCAGCACUGCCAGCCAAGGAAUGACGACAACACAAGGGACGGUCACAUGUCCCACACAGCAUCGACAACCCUCUGUAAGCCCUUUGUCGUUAAAUUCAGAUUCGAGAAGGCAACCGUCCCAACAGAUGUCUCCAACUAUAUCUCCUCUUUCACCUAUAACUCAGGCAGUAGCAAUGGAUGCUUUGUCUCUGGAUCAGCAACUGCCCCCAUACACUUUUUUUACACAGUCCGUUUCGCAGCAGCAAUCCCAAGUGCCAAGUGGCAUGUCCCAAAACUCGUUAAUGCAGGGCUCCGGUUUACAGAGAGGUACGCAGCUCCCUCCUCUUACUGUCACAAUAUCAACUACAGUCCCACAGUCACCUCCUGGCAUUCAGACGCCUUCAUCGCUGGCUAUGGAUAUCACUUCGCAUUCAAUUUUAAGUAGCGUGUUUGGAGAUUCCUUUUAUGACCAGCAGAUGACUGCACGGCAAACGAAUGCUUUGUCUCACCAGCUUGAACAGUUUAACAUGAUUGAAAAUGCAAUUAGCUCCAACAGCCUUUACAGUCCUUGCUCAACCCUCAACUAUUCUCAGGCCGCCAUGAUGGGUCUUACGAGUAGUCACAGCAGCUUACAAGAUUCUCAGCAACUUAAUUAUUCCAGCCACAGCAACAUACCGAACAUCAUCCUCACAGUAACUGGGGAGUCUCCCCCAAGUUUAUCAAAGGAACUUACCAGUUCAUUGGCUGGGGUUGGAGAUGUGAGUUUUGACUCUGAUUCACAGUUUCCCUUGGAUGAACUGAAAAUUGAUCCCUUGACAUUGGAUGGACUGCAUAUGCUUAACGACCCAGACAUGGUCUUGACUGACCCUGCCACAGAAGAUACUUUCAGAAUGGACCGACUGUAGACUAAACAUUUGCAAAUUACAGAAUAUGCUGCCCCCUUCCCCAGCUGAGCAUAAAAGUUCAGCAGGACAGCCAUGUCUAAGGCAACUGCUGAGAGAUGUCGCUCUGUGAUGUACAAUGAGUAAAAUCUUGUUGUCCCAAGCUUGCGAUGCUACAAAUCCCUCAUUGUGCAAAUUGUUUUAGAUCUUGUAAUUCACUCAUUGCAGACUGAUGAAGAACUUCACCUGAAAUCCCCACACUCACCACCAAAGUUGUCCACAGUGAACUGACACUGCGCCGCAUUUAGGAUAUAAGAGGAGCGCUUUGCAGGAAUGGCUGUGGUCGUUGCACGAUAAGUCCAGUAAUGCUGCAAACUGAAUUACUACAGUGAUGAAUGAAAGGCCAGAACAUAAGUUGUAAUUAUUAUUUUUAUAAACAAUAGUUCCACUUAUGUUUCAUGGGAAUGUGCUGCUUGAAUACGUUUAUCCAUUCUCGUUUGUUCACAAAGGAAUGAGUCCCUUCCAGUGAAGGAGUUCUGUAGGGCAGUACUAUGGAGAGGAUGAAAGUGAUCUUCAGUGGAGAUUUUUCUGUAGCUAAAUCCAUCUGAUGCAAGCUUCUUCCUAUUCCAGUCUUUUUAAUGGUGUAUUUUGUUAAUUGUUCUGUUCUUGGUCUCUUGACCGUGUUGCUGCAGGAAAAGGCCAGCAACAAUCAUAAGUACUGAUAUUUAAUUUUUUAUGAUAUUUAAGUGUUUUAAAGGUAUGGAGUGUUGUGAUGCUUCAUGAUGCCAAUGUUUUUAUUUCUUAUGCAAACUGGAAAUUGAUAUCUGUAGACUACUUAAAAGGGAAUGCAUGUAUUCUAGAAAGGAUGGACAAACCAUGAUUGUCAUUUGACUCUCUUGACUCUCAAUAGUUCCAUUCCACUGAGUAAUUGGUAGUUACACAGUGACACAGAGUUUACAGACUAAUCACCAUGUCAUUCUUCGGCAAGUGGCAUAGUGGCUUAAUACUUAUCAUUUUGUCUCCUUUAGUAUGCGGAUUACACCAACGAAACAUCCCAUGCAUGUUUUGUUGUUAAAUGAAGAGAAAGGAAUACCCACCAUUGAGAAGGUGUCUUUGCUGCACAUUUCUAACACCAGCUCUCUUAUCUGUAUAGACAAAUCAUUACAAAGAAAUAUCAUUGUCUUUGCGAUGUGUAAAGUAAACGUGCGAGGUGCAGACAGGUUCUGUGAUUUGUGCACCAUUUUACUAUUUGUAGUGGUCUGAACGCGUUACAAAGUGAACCAGCCUCUUGUUCCUAUGGACUUGUACCUGGGAAGGUGUAGACUUGACUGUCCGAGGUGUAUACGAUUAAUACCAGUAUGUAUGCGCCCGUCUGAAGAUUGAUGACUUUAGCAUUAGAACAAAAAUGGUGUUGGCCAUGUUACUUUCAAUAUAAACCCUUCAGCAUUAAUAUCACAUCUGCCUUAGGUGUUUAGGGCCCUUACAGCAAAACAUAAACUGAUCCCUAAAGUGUUGAAAUCUAUUGAGUUUAGCCUGAAA